UUUUAAAACAGAAUGUACAUCUGAUCUUUCUGCAAAUAAUGCUGCCGUUUUUGCCGUUGAACUUUUAUUUACUUUUUAUUCCCCAUUAAUAUCUUCAUAUUGUUUUAAAAAUACUACUGGAGGGUCAUGUCUUUUUAAAUAUCGACAAGAUUAUGCGACAUUUGCUGGUGCCGGCGUGUCUCCUGCUAAUACUAAUCCAUUAAAUUUUACCGUAUUACCUGACAUUACAAAUGUUCCUCCUACGAUUGUAUGCACUAAUUGCGGAAAAGCUUUGGCAAACGUUUUUUUAAAUUUCUUGGCUUUAAAUCCUGGCGAUUAUGCUAUUUUAGGCACAAAUCAAAGUGAAAUUGAUAAUCGUAAACUUCAAUAUACUGCAAAAUGUGGUUCUUCAUUCCUUGAUGGUAAGAUUCCUGACACUGAAUCAACGUCAAAUUCAACUUCAACUUCAACUCCGGAGACUAGUUUUUUUGAUAAUCCAUUAUAUAAAGGAUUGAUUAUUGGUGGCGAUGUGGAAAAUAAAGAAAUGGGAACUAGAGAUGUGGAAAAUAAAGAAAUGGGAACUAGAGAAGUAGGAACUAAGGAAGCAGAAACAAUCUAA